AUGGCAGUGAAUGCUCGCGUUAAAACGAAGAGCGAGUUUCAACUAGGGUCGGACCUCGGACCCCCGCUCGUGUAUCUGGAUCUGAGUGUUGGCGAUCAGCCCCCGCGGCGUCUGCACAUCGAGCUCUUCCACGAGGAACUUCCGACCACGACCGACAACUUCCGUCUGCUCUGCACCGGCGAGCUGCGAGGCAAAGGGAAGGUGAAGACGCUGUGGUACAAGAACACACGCUUCCACCGCGUUAUCCCCGGAUUUAUGAUGCAGGGCGGAGACAUCACCCACGGUGCGUCGGCAAUGAGAAGAGGCCAGUUCCUCGAUAGAUCACGCGACGACUCGAACGUUCAUCUUGUGGAGUAG